AUGUUUUUGGCUGAAGAUAAUGAUAAAAUGAUUAAAGAUUCUGAAAUAGAAAAAGUUGAUGAUAAUUCAUAUGUUAAUUAUGCUGAAGAAUUCGAUAAAAUUAAAUAUGACAAACUGCUGAUAGGUAAUACAGUAAGGCAAGGAGUUUUUGAUUUUAAUCCUACAGAAUUAGCAGCAGAUUUAGUUAAGGAAUAA